CCCUCUCUCUCUCUCUCUCUCCCUCACACACACACACACACACACACACGAGAGGAACUAUGUUUGCGCGAUAGGCAGAUGAUCUCCUCGUUGAGAUCAGUGAGAUCAGUGAGCGGUUAAGAAGAGUUCCUGUUGUAUCGCGCGCUUCUUCUGGAUUGGCGGAUCGAUCCGGUUUGUGCGCCCUCGCGCCACACCGUGACAUUGGCGACGCCGCGCGCUCAACAGACUGGCGGGCUGCUGCUCGGGAACUAUGGAGGAGAAAGCGAAGGGUGACAGCGCCAAGGACCAAGACGCGACCUCUGCAUCGUAUCAGCGGAGGAUUUGGAAGAAUUUCCAGGACAAGACCAGACCGUUUUUGAGCCCGAAACUCGGCUCGGAAAGACGCAGCGCGGACGUGAAGAAAGAGAGCGGCUUGUGGAUGUUCAAGCGGAAAAAGAAACCGGUUCUGGACCGCAUCUUCUCAUCCUCUCAGCCGAACCUCAGCAGCUCGAGUCCGGGGUCUGUCCAAGGCGAUAGCGCGGAACCGAGCUGCAGUGGAGGACCGGGGAAGUCCUCGCUCGCUGCUGUGGAACGAGCAACUGCAGUGACACACAUGCACACACACGAGGUUUCGGUGUCGGCCCACGGCAGCCCGCGGCUCAGUGUGGCUCAUUUAACCGCGUCUCAGCCCAAAAGCUCGUCCUUGGGCUCGGCGUGCUUCGAGAAGCUCGUGCUGGACUCAGCGGACGUUUCCGGUCAGGGCAAGCUGAGCAAAAACCCCAGCGAUUCGGGCAUCAACACCGUAGUGCCGAGUAAUGCAGAUCCGCCUGCCCUCGUCAGCCCCGGGAUGUACCAACUGGACAUCGUGCUGAAGAAAGGCAUCAAUCUUGCCAUUAGGGACAGAGGAGGCACCAGUGACCCUUAUGUGAAGUUUAAGAUCGCAGGGAAAGAGGUUUUCCGCAGCAAGACCAUUCAUAAGAACCUGAACCCGGUAUGGGAUGAGAAAGUGACCCUGCUGGUGGAUAAUAUAAGAGAACCACUCUAUGUUAAGGUUUUUGACUAUGACUUUGGCCUGCAAGAUGACUUCAUGGGCUCUGCACAUCUUUACCUGGAGUCCCUGGAACAACAUAGGUCCCUGGACGUGACCCUUGACCUAAAAGACCCCCACUAUCCUGAUCAUAACUUGGGCUCUCUGGAACUGGCGGUCACGCUCGCUCCUAAAGAAGGGGACAUUAGGGAAACCACCAUGCUUUUGAGAAGGAGCUGGAAAAGAUCCAGUAAGUACCAGAGUCUGAGGUUAUCAGACGUCCACAAGAAAUCCCAGCUGUGGAGAGGAAUUGUCAGCAUCAGUUUAAUCGAGGGUCGUAACCUCCAGCCAAUGGACGCUAAUGGCUUGAGUGACCCGUACGCCAAAUUCAGAAUGGGCCACCAGAAGUACAAAAGCAAGACAAUACACAAAACGCUGAACCCUCAGUGGAGAGAACAGUUUGAUUUCCAUUUGUACGACGAGGGAGGCGGCUUUAUAGACAUCACUGUGUGGGACAGAGACGCCGGCAAGAGAGACGACUUCAUGGGCAGGUGUCAGGUGGAUCUCUCUCUCUUGUCUAAAGAGUGCACGCACAAGCUGGACCUGCCGCUGGAGGAGGGCGAGGGCAUGCUGGUGCUACUGGUCACCCUCACCGCUUCAGCCGCCGUCUCCAUCUCAGACCUUUCUGUCAACAUGCUUGACGACCCACAAGAGAGGAGAGGGAUUCUGCACAGAUAUAGUCUGCUGAGAUCCUUUCACAACAUUAAAGAUGUCGGUGUAGUGCAGGUGAAAGUCAUCCGGGCAGAGGGACUAAUGGCAGCUGAUGUUACAGGCAAGAGUGACCCCUUCUGUGUUGUGGAGCUCAGCAAUGACCGUUUACAGACACACACCGUGUACAAGAACCUCAACCCAGAGUGGAAUAAAGUCUUCACAUUCAACGUGAAAGACAUCCACUCCGUGCUGGAGGUUACGGUCUACGACGAAGAUCGGGACCGAAGCGCUGACUUCCUCGGCAAAGUUGCUAUUCCGCUGCUAAGUAUCCAAAAUGGUGAACGGAAAGCUUACGCCUUGAAAAGCAAGGAGCUGACAGGGCCAACAAAAGGGGUCAUCUUUCUCGAAAUAGACGUGAUUUAUAAUGCUGUUAAAGCGGGACUUAGGACGCUGAUACCCAUCGAGCAGAAAUAUAUCGAAGAAGAGCCUCGAGUUUCCAAACAGUUGCUACUGCAGAACUUUAACCGAGUGCGGCGCUGCUUCAUGUUCCUCAUUAACACUGGCUGCUACAUCAACAGCUGCUUCGAGUGGGAGUCUCCUCAGAGGAGCAUCUGUGCCUUGCUCCUCUUCAUCGUGGUGGUGUGGAACUUUGAGCUCUGCAUGAUCCCGCUGGCUCUGCUGUUCCUGCUGGCCUGGAAUUACGUCCUCAUCGCUUCGGGAAAGGACAGCAGACAGGGAGACGUGCAAGCAGUGGAGGAUUUGCUGGAGGGUGAGGAUGAGGACUUUGACAGAGAUGACAAGGUGCCGGGCUCUGCCCCCUCCAACGAUGGCCGUCUGCCCGGAAGCCAUAUCCUUGAGGAUAUUUUGGCUUCCUGGCAUUUUGAAUGGAUUCGCGUGAUGGUGGACUCGGAGAGAAAAGGACUCAUCGACAAGCUGUACGCCAUUCAGGAUGUUUGCAUCAGUGUGCAAAGUGCGCUGGAUGAAGUGGCCUCCUAUGGCGAGAGAUUAAAGAAUACUUUCAAUUGGACUGUGCCUUUUCUCAGCUGGCUGGCCAUCGUGUCACUGUGUGUGGCCACCCUUAUCGUUUACUUCAUUCCUCUCAGAUACAUCGUCCUGGCCUGGGGGGUGAAUAAAUUCACGAAGAAGCUGCGAGACCCGUACACCAUUGACAACAACGAGCUGCUGGACUUCCUCUCCAGAGUACCCUCCGAUGUGCAAGUGGUGCAGUACCGAGAGCUGAAAGUGGAUCCAAGUCACAGCCCAAACAAGAGAAAGAAAAAUAACCCAGGAUAGCUCUCUUCCUUAUCCCAUGGACUCAGACUUAGCAUGCCAAGGACCUGCACUGAUUUGGACCGGCUAGGUCUUCUUCCUUCCUUCCUUCCUUCCUUUCUUUCUUUCCUCUCUUUCUCUCUCUCGCUCUCUCUCGAAGACUCUGUUUCUUGACAGAGGAGCACAAACGGUGAAUGUGAAAACAGAGGAGCACUUUUAAUUAUUGCCAUGAGGGUUUCCGCCAUACUUGUUUACUUUUAGUGCAGAGGAGAGCGUGAAAAACUCUUGACCCCUUUUAGAGUCGUACGGCAGGAGCUAUUUGUCACUGGCUGGCAUCAGGCAGAUGGCUCUAAAAGCCAAGGUGUCCUUCCAGCACAGCAGAGGGAGACCAGAGACAGGGAAUGGCUUCAGCCACAAAUAGCAGGAUCAGCUGAUAAUACCGCCAGCCGCAGUGGCACAUCACGUCUCUAUCUUGGAGGGGAAAUAUGAUGGUUAGGUUGCAGUCUGCACCCUGUAAUUUCCACAAUGUGGUAAGGUUGUGCGCUGAAACCCGACGUCCUCCAGAGCAGUUAUUAGGGUUGUCAGCUAAGCCUCUUUACAGUUCGAUUUAUAGCAGUAACUAAAGUGUUGUUGUUGUUUUUUUUGUGUGUGUUGGGGUGGGGGGUUGUGGGGGGUUUGGACAACUGCCUGGCUCGAGAGUCAUUAUUUAUUCAACGGGGAUAUUUGUUUCAGGUAAUCAGGUUAUUUUAAGGGGAUGAAUGAUGCAUGCUUGGUUUAUUUGUGGUUAAAAAAAAAAAAAAAAAAAAAAAAAAGACUGGCAUGUUUACAGGAGGCAUAUUAGUUUUGGUGACACAAUCCAUUUUGGUUACUGAACACUAGCCCGCAUUAAAUCUUUCGAGGCACGCUGCAGUGUGCCCGGGUCACCAUGAGGUGCCACCCUGCUAAUAUGGAUGUCGGUGUGGGUGGGCAGAAUGAAUGGAGGGUGUGUAGCGGGUGAGUGGCGUUCUAAUCAAGUUACAAAGGCAUCUCUAUUCCACUGUUUACUGUAGAUCCGGUUUCCAAAACCGAUGACAGGCAGCCAAACUUAGAUGGCAGCUUUGUGGGUGUCUUCAUUGUAGGGAAUAGCUUUCUUGAAAAUGUCAAUAGUGUGUGACAAGCUGCUUCAGGGACUUGGCAGGGGUGCGGCGCAGGGCAGGAGUUUACCAUCGUUGCUGUGGAGAGAAGAGGACCGAGAGGGCGUAGCAUGCCCUUUUUUUUUUUCGGAACCUUUUCCCAUCAUCCCUUUCUGAAUUUGGCACGCCGUGCUUUUUCCUCUCCUUCAUCCAUUCGGUUGAGCGAGAGGUCACGGCUCGGCCUGUAGGGAACCUCCUGAGGGAUCUCUGCUGAGCAAGUGUUGAAAGAUCACAGCACCAUCAGAGGAGGCUUCUAUUUGGCUUCGGUCCAUCCAUGAGGAGUUUAAAAAAACACACACACACAAAAAAAAACACUCCCUUAUGGCUGCUUUUCUAUAAGCACAUCUGUCAUAUGGAAAGCCCAUUGAUUUGUUUCAAAGCAUCUCCUUACAAAGACAACACACUCCCCAUUGACCAAGACACUGAUGGUACCAAAGUGAUCUCCAUUAAAAAAUAUAAAAUAAGGACCACUCUUGAAGAAAUGUUUGGAAACUGCUGAAAAGGACAUGUGUUUUUUUUUUUUUGUUUUUUUUUACGGUUUGUUUUUUCUUCUUCCUAAUGUGUAUGUGCUGUUUAACGUUCUUUUAAUGGUUUAGUAAAUGUAUCGUGUGGCUUGUUCAUCUCCCAUCCAAAAAUUGUUUUCCGUUUUCAAAACGCAUAUAUAUAUAUAUAUAUAUACUACGUUUGCAAGCAAACCAAAGUGGAACUUUUUAAACAUCAAUGUAGAAUGUACCAUUUCCAUAAAAGGCAAAAGGGGGGGGGGG